GCCACAACCACCGAGUCCAGCGCCGAAACCUCCAAGGUACUGGCUUAGAGCAGCCUAAAGCAAUUCAUCAUUAAAAUUAAUAUUUUAAACAUAAUUGCGUCUUGGAAAAUGCAGAACUUGUUAGUAGUAAUAUAAAUUGUAACAUAAUAAAUUAGCCUAAACUGAAUAUAUCUCAUACCUGAGCCACGAGGGCGGUGGCGCAGACGAAGAGAAUGAGUUUAGCGGCCAUGUUGUUUCACUGAAUGACUUCAGAAUGAGUUCGAUGUCAGUUGUGUCUGUUUUAUACGGAAUAUUUCUCAAGUGUCCUAUCUCAAAAAACGUGACUUUAACCUACAUCACUGUACCUUGUGAAAUUUUGUAUGAAUGAGAUUACCCUAACUAGUGGCGCGGCUUUUGGAGACAGCUAAAUGAUACGUGUCAAUCAAGGAAAAAGAAGUUUUUUCACAAUUCUACAUUUCAACACUUUGGUGUAAUCACUCUUAAAGGAAUACAAUUAUUCGUAUAAAAGGAUUGCCGCUGUGCAGUAAUAGCAUUCUUCGUCUAGUACCUGAAUACAACAAUAUGUCUACCUUCGCUUUCCUUCUCUUCUGCGCUCAGGCCUGCCUGAUCCAAAAUGUGUAUGGCCUGUACUUGGGUGGACUAGGCGGUUGCGGUUGUGGAGGUGGGUGGAACGGCUGGAACGGACUCGGUGGUGGUUGGAACGGCUGGAAUGGAGUCGGCUGGAGCGGCAUCGACGGCGGAUACGGCGGAUACGGCGGUGGUUGUGGUUCAUAUGGAGGUGAAGGCAUCGGUAACAUUGGAGUCGCCGGUGAGCUGCCCGUCGGUGGUGUCACCGCUGUCGGCGGCCGCGUGCCCAUCAUCGGUGGUGUCGAAUACGGAGGUCCAGCCUGCGCCGCUGGUGCCGUCUCCAUCUGCGGACACUGCGCUCCCACCUGCGGAUGUGGACGCGCUGGCUUCGGUGGAUACUACUGAAAAUGUAAAGAAAGAAAAUACGGCAAUCCUCCAUUAAUUAAACUCUGAUCGAGCAAG